AUGGGGCAGACGGAGUAUACAUCCUGGAAGAAAGCCGAGCGGGAGAGCCUGAAGUACUUCAUUGAGGAUCCCGGCACGGGCACGCUUUACAAGAGAGGCCAACUUCUGGGAAAGGGGGCAUUUGGAAGAUGCUACAAGUUCACUGACACAUCUACCAACAAAGUCUAUGCGGUGAAGGUCGUCUCCCAAUCCCGGGUCUCCAGACUGGACAACAGGGGGAAGGUUGAACAGGAAAUUGAACUGCACCGCCAGCUCAAGCAUAGAAACGUCGUGGGCUUCCACCGACAUUUUGCUGACCAGGAAAAUAUCUACAUGGUGCUGGAAUACUGUAGCCGAAAGUCUUUGGCACACAUCCUGAAAGCCCGGAAGAAGCUAACAGAGCCGGAGGUCCGGUUCUACCUGAAGCAAAUUAUCUCUGGCCUGCAGUACAUACACCAGCAAGGCAUCAUCCACCGGGACCUGAAACUGAGUAACUUUUUCAUCACAAAAAACAUGCAGGUGAAGAUUGGAGACUUGGGGCUGGCAACCCGAGAGGAACAGGCCAACAGGAGACGGGGAGUGGUCUGCGGUACCCCCAAUUAUCUGGCUCCUGAAGUCAUUGCUAAGAAAGGGCACUCAUUCAAGUCGGACAUUUGGGCGCUGGGUUGCAUCAUGUACACAGCCCUGACCGGUUGCUCCCCAUUUGAGAUUACCCACAAGCAGGAGAUGUAUCAGUGUAUCCGAGAGGGCCGCUAUCCGAUGCCCAGUCACCUCUCACCCGCCGCCCGGGAGCUGAUUGGGAAGUUUCUGGCUCCUGACCCAGCUGCCCGGCCUAGCCUGGAGGAAGCCCUCAACCAUGUCUUUUUUACCCAGGGUUUCACUCCCUCCAGGCUCUCCUCUCGGGCUUGUCAUUCUGCACCCAUGUUCACUCUUCCCAACCCUCUCAGCAAAUUCUUCCAGAAGGCUGCCAAGAUUUUCUUUCGGGGAUCCCCCUGCCAAGAGUUGAGAACCGUGAGCCCCAUCCUCCAGGAAGCAGAAGGGAGACCCCUGCAAGGAUUGCCGCAAUGCCCGGUGGAAGAGCACCCCAGCCUGGAAGCAGAAAAGAGGGACGUAAACCUCCUGGAGGACCCCAGCAGCUUCCCUGUUCAUUUGCUCAUGAAGGGAUCCUUGAACUGUGCUGAAGACCAGGGAGAUGCUGAGUGGAGCCAGGGUGGUGCUCUGGACACAGUCGAUCGAGUGCUGAGGACUUGUCUGAAGAUGAUCCCCCUGGCUGCGCAGAACCCAGAGAAUCAGCGACGGACGGGUCCCGUUUGGAUGGUCACCAAAUGGGUGGAUUAUUCCAACAAGUAUGGCUUUGGUUACCUGCUGACUGACAGGUCAACCGGGGUGCUCCUUGCGGAUGGAACGCAUAUCGCACUCUGCCCUCGGCGCCAGAACGUCUGUUACUGCUCAGAAGCCCAAGAGACAGUUUCCUUUCCACGGAAGGAGUUGCCCCCGUCCCUGACCACGAAAAUGGGCAUCCUUCAUUUCUUUACUCAAUACAUGCAGCAGCGGCUGAUGGAGGGUGGGCACCAGCCGGCAGAUCCAGCAUGCUCCGCAGGCGAUGUUUCCCUCCUGCAUUUCGCAAAAUCCGACGAAGCCCUGCUGAUGCUUUUCAGUAAUGGGAUCCUGCAGGUUAACUUCUACCACGACCGCACAAAGAUCGUCCUCAGUCAGCAAGCUGGAGAGCAUCUCUUGACGUUCAUAGACCGCCAGCGCCGGAGUACCACCUUCCCCCUGGACACCCUGGUGCAGGAAGGGUGGACGCUGCCUUUCCGAGAGCGGAUGGAGUAUGCCCUGCGCAUGUUACACUGCCUGUAG